CGAAAAUGGGCCGAAUACAUCAGGAACGGUUGCUGAAAGUAUAGAAAGAAUGAAAUCUAGAGGAUGGAAACCGAUUGGUAAACCAUUGAAUUUUAUUCCGAAUCCACCAGCAAGUUACAAUGCUAUUCUCGUGCCGUAUCCAGUAUCGACAGUACUCUAUAAGAAUAUUGUCACGGCAAUGGAAACUAUAAACGGAGCACGAGUUAUUUCGAUUGAACAAAUUAAAAAUCCUGAUAUUGAAUCAUUAUAUGAAUAUAUGAAAAAACCAAUAUCGAAAGAAUGUCGAGAUAAUGAUCCCAAUGAACGAGAACUAUAUCAUGGAACGAGCGGCGAUGUUGUUGAAGGAAUCAUCAAUCGAGGAUAUGAUGAUCGACAUUUUUCGAAUACAGGAGCAUGGGGACAUGGUGCUUAUUUUGCUGAUGAUCCUCGAAAAUCGAAUGGUUACGCGAAUCCUGAUCCAAAAACAACCCGACGUGUUAUUUUCUACAACAAGGUUUUAUUAGGUAUUGAAUCGAUACAAACUGAGACAGAUGCUACAUUGACUGCAGCACCAAUCGGUCAUCAUUCUUUUCAUGGUGCUGGAGGUUGGCCAGGCUUUCAAUUUCAUGAAUACAUCGUUUAUCGAUAUGGUCAAGCGUUGCCUUAUCUGAAAAUUACGUAUACAGCGUCUUCGUAA